ACCGGAGCUCACACGAUACCUUGACACCGGCGGAGUCACACCUUCCUCCGUAAGAUGCACCAGUCUGUGUUAGUGUGUGUGUUGGUGGUGGCAGCACUGACGGCACCGUUCCUCCCAAGGUGCCAGGCCCAGUUGGACAUCCUGGCACCAUUACUGGGCGACCAAGUUAAAGGGUUGUUCCGACAAGGAGAAGCGGUGCUGUUAGACCACUACUGUAACUACUCCGUGAAACCCAAGUUCAGGAAGUGGGAGCUUUACUAUGACGGUAGUUUUUGGUGCCCGGGCUGGACCAACAUCAAGGGUGAAGCGCUCACCCGCAGUCAAAGCUCUGUAGUGAACAAGGCUACUGAGGACUUCAUCAAGAAGGCCCAAGCGAAGGGGCUCAUUUCGGAUGAGGAAGCCAAGAGCUGGUUUGGAGCUAACUAAAUCAUCCUUCCGUGUCCUUUACCUCCGAGGUUUCGCACUUCGGCAGUCAUUUAUGGAUUCCUAACUACAGUCGGUGAUUACCUGCUGGCAAGAUAACAGAUAAUGGAGCGGUUGAUAUCUCGACAGCCCGUUUUCUCGAAGUGCCACAAAAAAAAAUAUAAAAUGAGGGGUAACUAAAACAAAUGAACACAAGCCACCCCCUUCCCCCUGAUCCAACCAAUGUGUGUGUAGAAAAAGCGUGGACUUAUAUGUAAGCCGCUACUUUGUAUAGUACCCUUUAUUUUGUACGUUGUAGACCAAAAUGAGGUGCAUAAGUUGGGAGGACAGGUUUAUCAUUUUUCUGCCCAUUCAUAAACCAAAUGUAUUCUAUACAGGGGCCGUCUAUAAAAAAAAAACUCAUGUAAAUUUUGUAUAAAUAAUUUUGAUAAAUUUAUAAGUACAUUUUAUAAAUUAAUAAAUACUGUUUACAAAUUUAUAAAUACAUUUUAUAAAUUUAUAAAUAUCAUUUUACCUUAAACUAAUAAAUUACUCCAUUAAAUCAUACACAAAACAAUACUAUUCUAUAUUAACAUAAAGUACAUAGGCGUAGGUUAGGGAAUUAGUUUCCAUUGAAAAUUACUUGGGUGAAGCAUUUUUUUUUUUAAACAGCGUUUUUUCCGUAUAAAGUGAGCAGAACACUUAAAGAACCAAUCUCGAUAUAAUAUGAAUAAUCUCGAUCGAUGUGGAUAUAUAUUAUGCCCUAAUACCUAUCCAUGAGCGUCGGUGGAUAAAGCUACAGAGACACAUAAUAGGCUCAAUGACAACACUAUCUCUUUUACCCCCAUGUAACGCUGUCAAACUACUGAUGACUUCAAACUGACUGGUUUUUUUUAAUUAAGUUACCCCUAAAGACGUUUCAGAAAUGUUUUAUAGAAGACGACAGAUUUUCUUGCUUUGUCGAGCGAGCUUUGGCGAAUAUACUAAAUAUUAGUCGUAUAUUUAUAAUUGAAUAUUAUUUUACUUUGCCUUUCCUGUGAUAUAUAUAUAAUGUUUUAUUCUUGUAUCUGUGCACUCAUGUGACAAGAUUGAAUCAAAUAAAUAAUUUAAAAAUUGGUAA